UUGCUGGCCAGGCUGCUACUCUCGCCCGCCUCGUCGUUGCCAGUGCUGCCUUUCAUCUUCCACAGGAGCUGGUUGUGGACGGUUUCAUCCAUAGUUUUGCGAGCAGAGUAGGGAUUCAGUACAGUUAUGUCUGAGGAGGUUGAAGAAACGAGGAGUUCGGAGGAUCAACAGGAAAUGGAGGAUAAAGUCAUCAGUCCUGAAAAAGCAGAGGAGGCUAAACUAAAGGCCAGGUAUCCUAACCUCGGAGCCAAGCCUGGAGGCUCAGACUUCCUCAGGAAAAGACUUCAGAAGGGGCAAAAGUACUUUGACUCUGGUGACUACAACAUGGCCAAGGCAAAAAUGAAGAAUAAACAGUUGCCGUCUGCCCCAACGGAGAAGACAGAGAUCACAGGGGGCCACAUCCCAACACCUCAGGACCUGCCUCAAAGAAAGACCUCAAUCGUGGCCAGCAAACUGGCUGGUUGAUGGUUUUAUGUUUACUGUAUUGUUACCAUUCCAACCCCCACUUCAUAUCUACCUGCCGUUUAUGUUUUUGUUUGAUUUUCACCUUUGUAUGUAUUCUCUAAGAACAAGUAAUAUACCAAGCCAAAUACUUGAGAAAAAAAAUUAGCAACUGUCAAAAACAUUGGCAACUGUCAGGCACUAAAUUGUCAGUGAGUUAAAUCCAACAAAGUAGUAGUGCAAAAUGUUUCUCAAGCUCUUGAAAGACUGAACAGUGCUUGAUUUCUGAACACUUAUAAAUAUGAAUGGAUGCUAACGCUGUCUUAUUUUCACAGAACAUUUUCACUUUUAAGGAUAUAUGCCUUCAUAGAAAUGCCUGUCUAACAGCAGCACUGCAAAUGAAUCUUGUCACUGAUAAUUACAGAGGCAAAAGAUGUUAUGAGAUGAAAUUGUAUAGAUGUAUGUGUGAAGUACACGUGUAAUUUACAGAUAUGCCUUUCAGUUUGAAACUGUUGUGAGUGUUCAUCUGCUCAUAUGGGGGCAUGUCUGUUUAAUAGUGAAAAGUGAGGUAAUCAUCCUGUUUUUUUCUAAUCUUUAAUUUUGUUUCUGUCCCUUCCUCUAAAGCAGUUUGUUUCUGUGCAUUUGAAUGAUUGAAAAUUAGGCACUCACACACACCCUUUGUAGCCAGUUGUAUUUUAAUUCAUUUUAGUGACAUUGGUUUGCCAAGAUUUGCUGCUGGUUUCCAUCUCAUCCCGACCUCUAAAAUGGCCUUAAAAGUAAUGAACCGUUGUUCCUCUUGAGCAAUAUUUGCUCCCUCAGUGAGAAUCUUAGUUGUGAAUCUUGCCUGAAAUGUCUGUCACUGUCUGACUGGAAUCACUUAGGAUUUUAUGGAAAGAAACUCCCUUGACAUGUCUGGAGUGUGCAUGUGCAUUUACUGUGCAGUCACACUGUGCCAUUUGUUUUGUAAAUAAAAUAGUUUUGCAUAAUAUCUUAUAAGUACACUUACUCAA